CCAGAAGUGGCGUCAUUGCGUGCUGCUUCCCGCUCCGUCGUUCUUUGUACGUUUGUCGGUCUCGGUGUAAUACCUCAGAGGAAGAAAUCAGCCGCAAGAUUAAAUAGUAUAAAGUCAAACAAUGGCUGACAGCGAUGACGAGUACGACAGAAGAAGGAGGGACAAGUUCAGAAGAGAGAGAAGUGACUACGAUAGAUCAAGGGAGAGGGAAGAGAGACGGAGGGAUGAUUGGAGUGACAGGGAAUGGGAUCGUGGACGAGAGAGGAAUCGUCGAGGAGAAUACAGGGAUUAUGACCGGAGCCGGAGAGAGAGGUUUUCACCCCCUCGUCAUGAAAUGAGCCCACCCCAGAAACGCAUGAGGAGGGACUGGGAUGAUCAUAGCAAUGACCCCUAUCACAGUGGUUAUGAAAUGCCAUACUCUGGUUCUGCAGGUGGUCCAACUUACGGCCCACCCCAAGCUUGGGGACAUCCUGAAAUGCAUGUCAUGCCUCAUCAUGGGAUACCUAUCCAAGCAAGACUGGGAAACAUGCAUGAUGUCGAUCUGGGGGCACCGGCCCCUGUGAUGAAGACGUUUAAGGAAUUUUUACUUUCUGUGGAGGAUUCAGUGGAUGAGACAGAGGCCGUGAGACGUUACAAUGACUACAAGAUGGAAUUCCGACGCCAGCAGAUGCAGGACUUCUUUUUGGCCCACAAAGAUGAGGAGUGGUUUCGCUCAAAGUAUCAUCCUGAUGAAGUGGGUCGGCACAAACAGGAGUCGCAAGCUGCUGUUCGCAAUCGUCUUAAUUCCUUUUUAUACCUUCUUGAUAAUGGCUGGUUGAAUGAUGUGCUUCUUGACAUAGACAAGGCUCCUGCCAUAAUUAAAGUGAUGGAUGCAGCUGUAAUUAAGAUGGAGGGUGGAACUGAUAUUGAUCUGAAGAUUCUAGACGAAGAGGAAGAAGAGGCAAAAGGAGAGGCUGCAAAGAAAGAGGAGGCACGAAACUCUGAGGGGGAAAAGAAGCCAACCAAUGAGAAGGAUGGAUCAACAAAGGCUGAUAAAAAAGAAGACGAAAAAGAAGAAGAAACUGAAGAGAAACCUGUGAAAGUUGAAGUGGAGGAAGAGAAGAAAGAAGAAAAAAAAGAGGAGCCUGAGAAAGAAACAAGAAAGUCAAGCAAGAGAAAGCGGAAGAGAAGUGGUGACAGUGAUGAUGGCAGUGAUUCAGAAUCUUGCUCUGAGACUUCAAGCCCUAAGCCAGAAAACAAAGAACAGAAUGGUAGAGAUGAGGUUCCCCAGAAGAAGGAAGAGGAAACAGAGAAGCCAAAAGAGAAGCCGAAGGAGGAUACAGUGAAACCCCGACCAUUGCACAAAACCUGCUCUUUGUUUAUGAGAAGUAUUGCUCCAAACAUCUCCAAAGCAGAGAUUACAUCGCUUUGUAAAAGGUAUCCUGGAUUCAUGAGGGUGGCAUUGUCUGAACCUCAACCUGAAAGGAGGUUUAUCCGGAGAGGUUGGGUGACUUUCGAUAGAGGAGUUAACAUUAAAGAGAUCUGCUGGAACCUGCAAAAUAUCCGGUUGCGUGAGUGUGAACUCAGUCCUGUGGUGAACAGAGAUCUUUCAUGGCGUGUUCGGAAUAUUAAUGGUUUAACCCAACACCGUCCAGUCCUGCGUAAUGACAUCAAAUUGGCUGCAAAACUUAUUCAUGCUUUGGAUGAUAGAGGUCAGAUGUGGGAAGAACAGGGGGAGCAGGAUGUUCCAGCACAAAACCCCAUCCUCAAAAAUAUUACAGAUUAUCUCAUUGAUGAAGUCAGUGCAGAGGAAGAGGAACUACUAUUUGGUGCUGGAAGAACUCCAGAAACGGAGCCCCCCAAGGAAGGGAACCCUACAGAAAUUAGUGUAGAGAGAGAUGAAAAACUCAUAAAGGUUUUGGAUAAGCUCUUAUUUUAUUUGCGCAUUGUUCAUUCUGUUGAUUAUUAUAACUCCUGUGAAUACCCAAGUGAAGAUGAGAUGCCGACACGCUGUGGGAUUAUGCAUGUGCGUGGGCCAAUCCCACCUAACCGUGUGUCACAUGGAGAAGUGGCUGAAUGGCAGAAGACUUUUGAGGAGAAGCUGGCCCCACUUUUCGCUGUGAGAGAGACCCUGUCAGAAGAGGAGGCUAUAAAGAUGGGGAAGAAAGAUCCAGAACAGGAGGUGGAAAAGUUUGUAACUUCAAAUACCCAAGAGCUGGGCAAGGAGAAGUGGCUGUGUCCACUGAGCGGCAAGAAGUUCAAGGGUCCAGAAUUUGUACGAAAACAUAUAUUCAACAAACAUGCAGAGAAGAUAGAGGAGGUGAAGAAAGAGGUUGUUUUUUUCAAUAACUUCUUGAUGGACAGCAAGAGGCCAGCAUUGCCUGAGGUGAAACCCAACCAGCCAGCAGUCUCUGCCACUGGUCAAGCUUUGACGCCUGGUCUACUGUAUCCCCACCAAGGACCACAGGGUCUCCUACAGUACGGCCAGCCUCGUCCUCCUGUCCUAGGCUAUGGAGGAGCACCACAGUUUCCUCCUGGGCCUUAUGGGGCUGGACGUGGGAAUUAUGAUUCCUUCAGGGGUCAAGGAGGAGGUUAUCCAGGAAAACCACGUAACAGGAUGAUGAGGGGGGACCCUCGCUCUAUCAUUGAAUACAGAGACCUUGAUGCUCCAGAUGAUGCAGACUUUUUUUAGAUUUCUACUUUAUUUUAACUGCCUUCCCUCAUUGCCACCUUGUACCUGCUCAAUUUCAGUUACUUGUUUUGUAUUCAUAUUUUAUGCACUUUAAAAGUGAUAUUGAUUGGUUUUGUUCAAUAAACAGACUCCAUGAAUUUUUAUUA